ACGAAAGAGCCUCAUCUGUUGCAUCUUGAGGGGGUUAAACAUUUUGGAGAAAGACAUUUUUUACUUCGUGCUGACGCGGACAAGGAGCUGGAGGUACGUGCAGCAGCCUGGACUGUAAACUCCACCAUGUUUCUUUGGGUUUUAGUUUUAGGGGCCUUCGUUUCUAGAACAGAAUGUUAUUUUUCUGAGGAAAAAUAUCAAGAAGAAUCGAAAAUGCAGCCGCCAACGAUUGUUAUUGCGAUCAUUGCUCGGAACGCGGCGCAUUCCUUGCCAUACUACCUCGGAGCGUUGGAGAGGCUGAACUAUCCCAAAAACCGCAUCUCUGUAUGGGCAGCUACAGAUCACAAUGCUGACAACACUACAGCUGUUCUAAAAGAAUGGCUGACUGUCAUGCAAAAGUUCUAUCACUAUGUGGAGUGGAGGCCCAUGGAGCAUCCUACGUCCUACCCAGGAGAGAUGGGGCCUAAAUACUGGAGCAACGGCAGAUAUGAAUACCUGAUGAAACUCAAACAGGCUGCUCUCAACUUCGCCAAGCAACGCUGGGCUGACUACAUACUGUAUGCAGACACUGACAACAUCUUGACCAACCCAGAGACCCUCAACCUCCUCAUAGCAGAGAACAAGUCUGUGGUCGCCCCCAUGUUGGACUCCCAGGGAGCCUACUCCAACUACUGGUGCGGCAUCACUCCACAGGGUUACUAUCGGCGUACAGCUGAGUAUUUCCCCACCAGACACCGCCACCGGCUGGGCUGCUACCCGGUGCCCAUGGUCCACUCUACCUUCCUGCUGGACAUGAGGAAGACAGGCAUGAAGAAGCUGGCCUUCCAUCCCCCUCACCAGGACUACUCCUGGCCCUUCGAUGACAUCAUCGUCUUCGCCUUCUCCUGCCGCGUCUCAAAGGUGCAGAUGUACCUGUGCAACAAGGUGAGGUAUGGCUACCUGAACGUCCCAGCCAAGCCUCACCACACCAUAGAGGACGACAGCAUCAAUUUCAGCCAUCUCAUCCUGGAGGCCAUGAUUGAAGGUCCCUCCAUGGCCCCCUCCAAAUAUGUCAGCCUCUUCCCCAAACGGAGAGACCUCAUGGGCUUUGAUGAGGUGUACCUGAUCAACCUGCGUCGCCGUCAGGACCGUAGGGACAGGAUGCUGUACUCUCUCAACGAGCUGGAGAUAGACGUCAAAGUGGUGGACGCCAUAGAUGGAGGAGCUCUGAACAGCAGUGAUAUAAAGAUCCUUGGAGUGGACAUACUACCUGGUUACUAUGACCCAUUCUCUCGCCGCACCCUGACCAAAGGAGAGGUUGGAUGCUUCCUCAGCCACUAUUACAUCUGGAAGGAGAUGGUAGACCAGCAGAUGGACAAGGCGCUGAUCUUCGAGGACGACGUGCGUUUCCAGGCCAACUUCAAGCGGCGCUUGCUCCGUCUGAUGGAGGAGGUGGGCAUGGUGGAACUGGACUGGGACAUCAUUUACCUGGGCCGUAAGCAGGUGAAGCCGGGUGAUGAGGAGGUGGUGGAGAACGUGAGGAAUCUGGUGGUAGCAGACUAUUCCUACUGGACCCUGUCUUACGCCAUCUCUCUCCAGGGGGCCCAGAAGCUGCUCAACGCUGAACCCCUCUCCAAGAUGCUGCCCGUCGACGAGUUCCUACCCAUCAUGUACGACAAACACAUCAAUGAGGACUACAAGUCUCACUUUGCUAACCGUAACCUGCAGGCGUUCUCCACACGCCCUCUAUUGGUGCAACCAGCCCACUACGCUGGGGACCCCGAGUGGGUGAGCGACACAGAGACCUCCACGCUGUGGGACGACGACAACGUACGAACAGACUGGAGGGGUUCCCACAAAACCCUGAAGGGGGCACCCCAAUCCGACAUGCUGCAGGCCACGUAUAAGGAUGAGCUCUAGUUAAACCAUAUUCGUGCCUGAUUCACACUGUAGGGCCAACUCAAACCAUACUGGGCUGACUUGGAUAUUGUCUUUUCACGUUGUUCUUUUACAGCACUGUUCCAGAAACUGUGGUAGCCAGCACAGCUUGGCUCGGUGUGGCUCAGUAGUGUGAAAAGGGUAAUAGGUUACUGGUUAUAGUGUCACUGCUGACAGAGAGGAAGAUAUCCGCUAUUCAUAAGUACCUUCAUUUCUGACUGUAUAUAUCGCCAUUUUGUAUUUGGUAUGUCUGCCCAUAAUCACUGGGAAUGACUGGAUAUACAUACAGUAGUGAAGCCGGCUGAGGUUUCAGAGACUUGGUCUGCUCACAUCAGGUGCCCCCAGGCCUGUUUUCAAAGUGUUUGUGUUUGUGGCUUUGUUUGUGUAAGGAUGCUGUUUUUGUAUGGCUUGUGGACAUUGUCCUUGGCUGUCCAUCUGUGUACCCACUGAGCACUCCAGGGUCUGGGCUCACUUCACUGUACACUUAGUCCCUGGGGGUCGGAGGACAGAAAUACUGGAGGAAACCAUUCUCUUUUAUAUCACAUUCUACUCUUAUUCAGUAUAUUGUGAGAACAGUCUUAGUAAAGGUUUUCUUGACUUUAGUAAAGUAUCUGCAUAAAAGUUGAACUGCAACAAGCACUCACACAAGGUAAGGAUCUGUGGCUAGCAGUGUAAAUGAUAUAUGAUAGGAGCAGUGUCUCUCUCAAUGCCUGACCUCAUGGUAGAGUCUCCCACUAGAGCAGACGGAAGUCAACAGACCAGAGAGAAGCCUGCCAAUUUAGGUGUCGUUAAUGGUGCCAAUUGCUACGACAAUCAUGUUACAAUCUGACUGAGCUCAUUGGUAUUGGUUUGUGUUGGUGUUUUAUAAAUGCGUACAAAUUCCAUGAUUCCAUUACUUGUACAAUUCUUAUUUACAGUUUUCCUAAUUUAUUUCUAGCAUUAUAUUGUGCUUUUUGAAUGCACAAUAUUAAACCCAAGUGCAAUGUCUUAAUGGUAGUGAAAUUCCCUUUUUGUCAAAUAAAUGAAUAUACAAUGAGUGUACAAAACAUUUAUACAUGAAUACAAAUCUACUUCA